AUGCUAGUUUCGUCCACGGUACUUCUGCUGUCGGCAUUAAUCGGCUUCUCCGAGCAAAGCGAUUCCAUCAUGGAGAAGCGGCAAACGAAGUAUAUGUGCGGCACGGAUCCUUACAAAUUCUCGUCAGACGUUCCUUGUAGUGUCUACACCAUGUGCCCAAAUGGUGGUGUGAAACUAUUUAUUGGUUGUUCGACCAACCUUCAAUGCCAGAUUCAUCAUCCAGAGUCUGUUUGUAUAGACAAUUGUUGCUGUACGCUUCCUCGAGUGACCGCUACCACCACCUAUCAGAUACUCUACGACUCAACUACACCACGCAAUUACGCUUCGGCAGUUUCUAUAGCUGCACUGGUUUUACUUUACUUGGUUGCGUGA